ACCCGUGCGUGUUGCGAUUGGUAAUUUGCUUAACCUUUGAACCCUGCAGCCUUUAUCAGUUGAGGUACAACUAGGUAAGGCAUCAGUUGUAGCACAGCCAUACAAAGUUGGACACUAGACCAAAUGGGCGGAGAAAGUAGAGAAGCAUUAGAUAUGCAAUUUAAACAGCCCAGCAAAUCUUCAACAAAAUGGUUAAUUCUUGUUGGAUUUGUGGCCUUUGCAAUGACAGUAGCAACCAUCGUACUUGCAGUUCUGUAUGGACUUAACGUCAAUCAAGCCGCACCCGAGACGCCUCCUGUAGUUACAACAACAACACCAGCACCUUCUGACACACAAGCAACUAUAUGUGAAUCCGACCAAUGUGUUAGCGCAGCUUCUCGCAUUGUGAAUGCUAUGAACUUGGAGGCGCAACCUUGUGACGAUUUCUUCGAAUACGCAUGUGGAGCUUGGAACGUCGAUCAUCUAAUUGCAGAUGACCAAUCUUCGGUAUCCACCUUCAACGGACUCCGCGAAGAUGUUGCAAAAAUUUUAAAAAGAGUGUUGGAGAAACCGAUUACGACCGAGAGAGAUUCUAUUAAGAAAGCAAAGAACUUCUACAGCUCGUGUAUGGAUACAGCUCAAAUCGACUCAUUGGGUGCCGCACCUCUGAAAACUCUCAUCACAGAAAUGGGUGGAUGGCCAGUGGUCGGUGAUUCUUUCGAUGCUUCCAAGUUCGACCUGAGCAAAACUCUGGGGAAAUUUGUUUCGAUAUAUGGGACGUAUGGUCUCGUUUCUAUGUGGGUGGGCUCCGAUGACAGAAAAUCUACAGAAAACAUUAUCCAGCUCGACCAGCCAAGCUUAGGCAUGCCGAACCGUGAUUAUUAUCUUGAUGCGGACAAAUAUGCUGCCACAGCACCAUCAUAUAGAAAGUACAUGGUCGAUAUGAUGACUGCCGUUGCUGGAGCAAGCGCCGAUGCAACCGCCAUUAACGCUGUUGCAGACCAGAUUAUCGAUUUCGAAAUUGCUAUUGCUAGCUCUAUGGCGCCAGACAGUGAGCGUCGUGACAGCGAAGCUCUUUACAAUAAAAUGACGAUUGCCGAAUUGCAAACGACAACCAACAGUGCUAUAAAUUGGUCGGCAUAUAUUAAUUCUGCCAUGAGCGUCGUAGGUACCACUGUUACUAGCACUGAAAACGUGGUGAUAUAUGCGCCUGAGUACUUGAAGAAUGUAACCGACAUUAUCAAUGGAAGAUUCGAGUUGGUUCAAAAUUACUUGGUAUGGAGAGUUGUGAAAGGUCGAACCAGCUACCUCAGCUCAACCUUAAGGGCGACCAGAGAUCCUUAUACUCAAGCUACAUCUGGUACAACCUCUGAACCGGCAAGAUGGCGGACAUGCUCAGAUUCCUCUAACUCGAACUUCCCAAUGCCUGUUGGGUCUUUAUUUGUUCAAGACUCUUUCCCAGAAGAAAAUAAAGCUGCUACACUUCAAAUGGUGGAGGACCUACGUCUUGCUUUUAAGAGCUUUCUUCCCACCAAUGACUGGAUGGAUGACCAAACCAAAACAAAUGCCGAAACAAAAGCUGAUCUUAUAAAUCCCAUUAUUGGCUACCCUGAUUACAUUACUGACACAACAGACAACAAAAUGGACCAAGAUUAUGCAGAUGUUACUGUUGGCGUAGCCACGUAUUUCGACAACAUUCAGUCUGCCGCUAUCCAUAAUGUGAAAACGAGCUAUGGAAAACUUCGACUACCUGUUGAUUUCGAAGAGUGGAUUACGUCACCAGCCAUUGUGAACGCCUUCUAUUCACCAAGUCGAAACCAGAUCGUUUUUCCUGCAGGAAUCCUUCAGCCGCCAUUCUACGACGCUGGGCAGCCAUCUUCAAUGAACUACGGUGCUAUUGGAAUGGUUAUUGGCCACGAAAUUACACACGGUUUCGACAAUAGCGGAGCGCAGUUUGAUGGUUAUGGUAACUUGAACAACUGGUGGAGCAAUUCCUCUAAAGAAAACUUUAACGUCAGGUCACAGUGUAUGAUAGACCAGUAUUCGGCGAUAUCUUGGGAUACGGCGAAAGGAUUGCACCUGAAUGGAGAAAACACGCUUGGAGAGAACAUAGCUGACAACGGAGGUAUAAGAGAAGCUUACGAAGCGUACAAACGAUGGCAAGUAGCAAACCCAGGCGGUGACUUACGUCUGCCAGGACUCGGAGAGUUUACACAAGAUCAACUUUUCUUCUUAGGCUAUGCACAGGUAUGGUGUGGUACUUAUAAAGAGGAAUACGCAGUGAGAAUGCUGACAACAGAUCCGCACAGUCCCGGCAAAUUUAGGGUUUUAGUACCAAGUGAAAAUUUCCCUGAGUUCGGAAAAGCGUUCAAUUGUAAACAAGGUGUCGACACUAUGUAUCCCAACCCAGAAGAUACUUGUAGAGUUUGGUAAAAAUAAAGAAAUGUUUCAUACGUUUAACCACUGUAUUGCGAGUGGCCAAUUGACGUCAUUGGCACCUUUGUCGUAUUUGAAAUAUAUAUAUAGGCCUCAAGCAUAUUAAUUUAUGCAUUAUAGUAUAACCGCAGCAUAUUUUGGUCGGAUUUUGAAAUUUUUGACCAUACAUCUUCUUAGUAAUUUAACAUAUCAUUGUCUAUUAUAUUGACAGAACUAUGUCAGUUUUUAUAUAGACCACGAUUUUAUAGUUUCAUUUUGCCAAUUUGUACAUUGAUCAUUUUGUUCAUGUAAUAAACUGAUUUCUAGACUAUAA